AAUUUUAAUGAACUAAGUCGAAGUUACCCAAAUUGUAGUUCUAUCUUGUCAACAACUACAGAAAUGGGUAAAUAUAAAACAAACGCUGUUAAAAGGCUUGAACAACCCUUUAAUUAUGUAAAUGACAAACGCAUUAAAUCCAAAAUUCUAACUACUUACAAAGUGAUUCUGACAUGGGGUUCCUAAACAAGUAAGUGUUCAGUUAGCAACUUCCCCAAUGAAAAUUUUAACGCUUGCUGAAGAGUUUAAACUAAUUAAAACAAAACUAUUUCUAAAACUCAUUAAUUUUCUUAUUAAUCGUGCGGUUUUAUUAAAACGUAUCUUAAGCAAUUUUUUGCGAACCCAUCCUUUUAUUCGAAAUGGUGUCAUUUGAACAAUACGAUAUAACACUGUUGCUUCAUUUAACCGAUAAAAAACGACGCGAGUAUUUUUAAAUAAUUCCAAUAAUAAAACUCCGCAAUUUCUUUAAACUCCUAGUUAUCUAACCAGGAAAACAAACAACGUCUUAACUAAAAAGCCGAUUACCUCUAUAAUAAAUGAUGGCUAACGUAAGUCAAAAACCGGAAUGAGCAAAUACAAAACAGAUGCUUUAAAAAAACAUACAUAUAGUGAUAAGGACAUAAAACAAUCAGAUGGCGUAUUGAUAACGGAAUCAUCGUCUAGUUUUCUGAUAUAUAUAGUUCAGUUUGCAAACAUCCUUUGUGUGAAAAUGCGGCUUCCUAAAUCAGUUGUCUUGCUCGCAACAUGCUUACCAUUUGUUACAUCAAUGGUCGGACCGUCAUUUUUUGAGUUUAGUGACAAAAUAUUUCAAAUAACGAACACGGUUUUUGACACUGUUAUCACUAUCAACAAUGGUAAUACAACAAAAGAUUAUGCAUUUUCACAAAUGGAUUUAGCCGUGAUGCAGACUGACGAAAUGGAAGGAAAAAUGAAAGAAUUUAAACAGUGAAGCAGUUAAGAAGAUAUCGCACAUUUUACCAAAUGAAGCACGAUUAAAACCAAACAUAACCGAUAUACGCAUGAAACAGAAUUAUUUGGUCACUUACUACAAAGACACGGUGAAAUACCUCAGAGAUUUUGAUAUGUACGCAAAUUCGACCUUUAUAAAUUUUGCUACCAGAGUUUUAUCCGAACUGCCGAGUUCUGUGACUCAUAUGACGAGGUCAAUACAUCAACAAAUCGUAAAAGAGGAUUUUAUAGAUCUACUUUUAGAACGCUUAAGGCCCACAGGUAACGGCUACUUUUGCAAAGAGAAGCAGUCCUUACAACAACUUUUACAUAAUUUUUUCAACGAGAUUCUCCUCAUGAACACGAGAAGCUACAUCACCGUAAAUACAGCCUACAUUUUCAAGAAGUUGUACACCAAAGGCGACUUCCACAACGAAAUCACCCAUGCUUUCGAAACGCUCAAACUCCAAACUAACAACCUAGUUGCUGUCAUGAAGUUACACUUGGCACGAGCAUCGUCGGAGUUGUGGCGAUGCGACCCCAACAAACAUAACCUUGUAGACGAAACUUUUAUUGAAUUAAGGCAUUUUCUCCGCGGCAUCAUUCUCAACAAGGCCAAUUUAGACCCUAAUAAAGCAUGCAGUGCCGAAUGUGACGCUUUCACCUACAGAAAACUUCCAAAUAAAUGCAAUAAUGACAACGCGUGGUGCAAUAAGCAACAACCAUGUCGAAAAAUCAUCAACUGCCACUACAUAGAUUCUUCAAUGGAAGUAUGUCCUUCAAAGAACAUCAACAGAGAGAAUAGAAGAUACGAAUAUGUCGAAUUCGGUAAUGGUAGAGUAUUCGGAAAAAAGAAAAAUUGCAGUACGCGGUUAACAUAUUUGGCAACUUAUAUCUACUGGAUUGUGUAUAGAUGCUCGUACUGUUUUUGUAUAUGUGACGAAUAUGACAAAUAUUCUACCGAAAGAACGAUCAAUUUACGUGUAGCAAUGUCUAAUACAGCAGGCAAUAAAGUUGUUACAGGGUUGCGUUUCGUUAAGCACAACCGAAUCAUCCAUUUACAAGUACAAGAAGGGAAACUCCUUCCGUUUGGACAAAUAGAUCUUAGUACUGUGCGUUGGGUACCACCUGAAGAUUACUCAAUACAAAACAAGAACUACCAUAAGAAUGAAGACUACCAUGUGUUUACUUGGGAAGAACGAGGUGUUGAUUUAGCUGAUAUAAAAGCCGAAAAUGGAACCGUCAUUACAGGUGUCCAGUUUAAAAAAGUUGGUACUCGAAUACAUUUGGAAGUUCGAUUAACACCAUUCAAUUUCACCACUGGAGUGCUAAAAGAUAAUCAAAGUUUCAUAAUACACGACCCAAAUAUACAACACAAACACGAUUCAGGUAAAGAACUCAAACUUAUCACAACCGAUAUUCCUACUCGCUCACCAUUCCCUUCCACCCGACUGACUACUGAUACGUACGUUCAGUUUACAAAUACGGGAUAUGAUAAAGAUGCUGGUCAGACGACCGUACCAUUUUUUGAUGCUCAACCUGUGGAAUCAACGAUGCCAGUACCACUAUCUGGAGUUGGGUUAUUUCAUAAAGGGCAACCAGGCUACGGCGGUUUCAUAACGCCAAAAAUUUUGACCUAUAACUUUUGGAAACAUUUAAAACCUGUAUUUCCCCUAGGUAGAAAUAAAAAUUAGGAAUAAAUUUGUGCGAUAUCGUAUCAUUUUACAAAUAAGAUGCUACAAAUGUGAUAUUUUUCGAUGUAUUAAGUAAACAAUAAAUGUUUGAUAACA